CAGAAGUUAAUAAAGAGUUAUCUCCCUAAAUUCCUAUCCCAACUCCUCUCAAUUUCUCCUCUAUCCCUAAUCCGGCCGUCGGCCAUUCUUUCUCGUUCUUCCCCAAAUUCUACUUCUUAAUCCCUAAUUCUAUUCUCCAAAUCCCUAAAUCCCCAAUUAUCAAUCCCGUUAGAAACCUUGUUUCUAACAAUCUCACACAUGAAUCGGUUCGCUGCCAUCAACGCCUUCGGCGAUAGCGUCAUUGCUUCCGCUUCUAGAUCUGAAAUCGCAGAGAAGAAAAGUGGUCCGCAUCGAGAGAGAUUCAAGUGAUUUGAUUGGAGAUUUUUCAAUUUUCGGGCUCCAGUUCCGACCUGGCAUUCCGGGGAGAUUCCGAACGAGCACGCGUUGUUUGCUUCACCGAAAACUAUCAUUUGAGAGUUCUCAACCUCCGCCAUCGAUUCACCAAUGAUUCAUUAUCUCAUCCCAAUGGAUUCUAAGCGAGAAAAGUUGGAGGGAAAAUCUCUAUUGUUGGAAGAGAUUUGGUUAAAUUGUUCAGUUGGUGAUGGUGGAAACUGGAAUUGGGGGAAUUGGAGUUGGAAUCGGGUGGAGUCGUGGAGAUAUAGGCGGUUUGGGAAACAAGUAUGUGUUCAGCAGCCUCCUCCUCAUAUCGAUGGCGCCACCACCAAAUCCCCAAAAACCCUUCAGCUUGCUACGUUCAUGUCAGCCGAUAUGAGAAGAAAGGAAGGACUGAUGGUCUCGUUCAAGCUUCAAAGCGGCUCGCCGGCAGUGUGCUUGGACGCUUCCGCCGGAGGAGAGGAAGAAGCAGAGUAGGGUGGAAGUCGGAGUAGAGCGGCGAGCCGGACACGUGGAAUUGGUUUUUCCCCGUAAUUAUUAUUAUUUUUUAAAUCAAUGUAAUUUUGAAUGAAGAAACUAUAAUAUGAUGUGUUAAUUACGUGCCAUCUACAUGACCGUCACAUUUUUUGCCACGUCAGCAUAAGUCAACAUUUUGUUGACCAUCGUCUGGUCAACCGUUAUCUCUAACGGUCAACAAAAGUGUCGGAACACAAAUAUCGCACAAUACUCAAAGUUCGGGCCAUAUUUGUCAUAAUGAAUUGUUCAGGACACA